UGUUUACUUUGGCACCGUCAAAGUCAACACAAACUCGUCACAAUGAAUUUCAAACUACUCAUAGGCUUGCUGUUUUGCGGCAUUGCGUUCGCCAGUGCAGAGAGCUACGAAGGCUACAAGGUUUACGAUAUCAAUGCCAAGAAUGUGUUUGAAAAGGAAUUCCUUUUCCAACUUUCCAAGGAUGAAAAAUAUGAUUUCUUCCAUUUGCCCAAGCAAAUUGGUACACCAUCUCGUGUGCUGGUAGAACCAAAUGAUCAAUAUGAAUUGGAAAACCUCUUAAAUAAAUUUGGCAUACAAUAUAUUGUCAUUGAUGAAAAUUUCGGCGAAUCCGUACAAGCGGAGCGCAUGCAAAACGCACUUAUGCGUUCACUGAGUUCUGGACAACGCAUUUCAUUCAAUAGCUUCCAAAGAUUCGAUGAUAUCAAUGCUUACUUGGAUCAAUUAGCUAAAAGCUAUCCCUCUCGAGUAAGUGUGAAGACAGUUGGCAAAUCGUACGAGGGUCGCAACAUGAAAACAAUUACCAUAACAAAUGGUGAUGGUGUACAAAAUAAGAAAGUCAUCUUUGUUGAUGCCGGCAUACAUGCACGCGAAUGGAUUGCUCCAGCAGGCGCAUUAUAUAUUAUAAAUCAAUUGGUUGAAAAUUAUGCAGCCAAUGCUAACUUAUUGAAAACUUAUGAUUGGGUAGUAUUACCCGUUGUCAAUCCUGAUGGGUAUGAAUAUUCACAUGUUGCUUCACGUAAUUGGCGUAAAACCAGAAAACCAGUCACCUCUUCUUGCGCUGGUACUGAUGGUAAUCGUAACUUUGAUUUCCACUGGGGUGAGGUUGGUGCUUCAACACUUUCUUGCGCAGAUACAUUUAGAGGACAAGCUGCUUUCUCUGAGCCAGAAACUCAAAUUGUACGCGAUAUUAUGCACUCAUUGACUGGACGUGCUAAGAUGUACUUGACAUUGCACUCUUAUGGUAACUACUUGCUAUACCCAUGGGGCUAUACUAGUGCUUUGCCUGCUACUUGGCGCGAUAUGGAUGAAGUUGCCCAAGCUGGUGCCAACGCUAUUAAAGCCGCCACCGGUACUAAAUACACUGUUGGAAGUUCAACAAAUGUUCUCUAUGCUGCAGCAGGUGGCAGUGAUGAUUAUGCACAUGCUAGUGCUGGUAUUCCUAUUUCUAUUACAAUGGAAUUGCCUGCUGGUGGUUCUGGUUUCAAUCCAUCUACUUCACAAAUCACACCAUUCUGUUCUGAAACCUGGAUUGGUAUCAAAGCAAUGGCUGAAAAGGUUAUUGAGAAAUACUAAAUGAAUUUAUGUGAUACGAUUCUAAUGUUUUUAAUAAAUAUCGAUUAAUAAUGUA